AAAGUUUGGACCACAAUGAGGCUCUGCUUUACCUUCCAACACUACGCUAGCGAUCAUGUAUCUAGUUGUUUUGUGCGCUCUUGUGGCUUACGCCAACGCUGCCAACAGGUUAUGUCACGGUGACAUCGACCAACUCCACCCAACCGGGAAACACACCGGAGGUGUGGCUGGAUCCAACGCUGAGGUUCAGCAUGAUCUACCUGCUCUCAACAACCACAGGAGCUGUUACCAGCAAUCUGCUGACACCAACUGUAUUCAAGCUUCAGUGAUUGCCGCCCUUGCAAGCAGAGAAUCUAGAGGCGGCUCUCUGCUUGUUUCUACUGGGGGAUGGGGAGACAACCACCAUGCUUGGGGCAUUCUUCAGUGUGACGUCGCUAACUCUGGCCUGCCCUGCACCUCCGUGCCAUGGGACAGCUGUGCUCACAUCGAGAUGAUGGUCCAUAGACUUCUGGUGCCAUACAUCAACCAGGUCAAGGCCAAGCAUCCCGACUGGUCCCAACAUCAGGCUCUUCAAGGUGGUGUUGCCGCCUACAACUUCGGCGUCAGCAACGUCCAGUCCUGGGGAGGUCUCGACAUCGGCAGCACCGGAAACGACUACAGCAACGACGUCAUCGCCAGGGCUAAAUGGCUCAAGGCUAACGGCUGGAACUAAACGCUCACCUCUGCCGUCGUGAUAUGGGCACCUAUUCAAGUUAAACGAGGGGUGUGUUGAUGAUGUAAAUUGUAUAAAAUAAAGAGGAUUGAUGUUUAUUA